AAUAAUAUUAACAAUAAUGAAAAUUCGCAUGGAUAUAUCAUUCAAAAUCGCACUAGCUUUACUGCUAGAAGAAGCCAAUAUCAUUCGAAAACGGACCAACGAUUAUUCAUUUCGCAAGAGAAAGAUCAUGGAACUGAUAGCUCGAUCUUUUUGAAUCCGAAUCGGCUAACACGUCUGGCUACCUUACGUUCAACUAAAAAGCAUAAGUCGAAUAAUUAUAAAAAGAAAAAGAAGGGUGACAACAUUAGAAAGAAGAACAAGUCAAAUUUGAAUGCGUAUAGUAAAUCAACAUAUCUUAUAGAUAUAAAUCGAAGUAAAGACAGUAGCUACAAGAAUACCAUUGGCGGCAACAACGAGCACAAUAAUCGUGUUUAUUAUAAUGAUUACAGCGCUAUUAGAUAUUUACAAAAUAACAAAGGUGGAAAUAAAGAAUACAAGCCCUUGAUAUACGAUACUUUUACCACGGCAGACCAAGAACGUAACGGUUUUGAACGGGAAGAGUUUUUUGGAAACACUAAAGAAAUAAUUACAUUUGCCGAGGAGGGUAUACAGUACCGGCCAUAUCGUAUAGUCGAGUUUGCUCCGCAAAAAACUCGUGUUCCUAACCAAAAACUGUCGAUACGCAGUGCUCAAAUGCACAUUCGUAUUGAAAAGGGUGCAAAUGCUGAAUCCGAAGCGAAUCUUCAAAUAGAUCGUUUAAUAGAUGAGAAACGAAAAAGCCGUAUGGAUUUAACCCGACAUAGGAUUAAGAUUUGGGUAUUUCGAAUGACUGGAGCUGUUAAUAUAACAGAAAAGGAAAUUGAUCAGGAUUUUCUAUUUCGCGCAUCAUUUGAUGUUGACACCGAUAAUCUUGGCUGGCAAAAAUUUGACUUGACUGAAACAAUUCGUGAGUGGUACAGCGAUUCUACUGGUGAAAACUUACGGCUUCUAAUUGACUGUACUGGAUGUGGUAGUCAAUACUCGUUGCACCUGUUUCAGCUUUCAGCGCAAACGCCAUAUGCCCAAUUAAAUACCGCUGCAUUCCCUAACCCAAAUCGUCCAUUUCUUGUUCUUCAUACUGAAUCAAGUCGACCGCGACGUGUUCGAAGGAGAGCGGUGGAUUGUGGCGGGGCAAUAAGUGGCCAAUGCUGCAAAGAAUCAUUUUAUGUGUCGUUCAAAGCCCUUGGUUGGGAUGAUUGGAUCAUUGCUCCCAGAGGAUACUUUGCUAACUACUGCAGAGGGGAGUGCUCUGGACCAUUUCGGACCCCUGACACAUUUCAGACAUUUCAUGCUCACUUUAUUGAAGAGUAUCGUAAAAUGGGCUUAUUAAAUGGCAUGAAGCCCUGCUGUGCUCCGAUUAAAUUCUCCAGCAUGUCACUAAUAUACUAUGGUGACGACGGUAUUAUCAAACGUGACUUACCAAAAAUGGUCAUUGAUGAAUGUGGUUGUCCAUGAUGUGCCUCUAAGAUAAUAUUUUUAUUCUUAAAAAAUUAAUAACAUCUUUCAUCAAUCAUUGCUAAUGCUCUUUUGAAGUUACCAAAGUUGGGUUGAAUAUUCUAUUUUCCGUCCAAAAAUGUUAUAGCACAGGAAUGCUAUCCAUUUCCUA